AUGCUGUGGAGGAGGUGGCAGGCAUGGAAGAGGCAGAAGAGACUGAGAGGCAGUGGAGGCAGCAGUAGCAGAGACAGUGGCAGAGGAUGUGGCAGCAGCAGAGGCAAUGGUGGAGGUGGUGGUACAGAUGGUGGUGAUGGCGGCAGUGGCAGCAGUUGCGACAGGAGUGGUGCCAGUGGCGGAAGUGGCAGAAGUGGUGGUAGCGGUGGCAGCAGCUGUGGAGUUAGUGGCCACAGCAACGUUGAUAGUGAUAGUGAUGAUGGCGAUGAUGAUGAUGUUACAGGGACGGUGAUAGAUGCUGGUUGUUAUGAUGACAAUAAUGAUGAAGGUAUUAGUAAUAAGGACGAGAAUGGUGAUAAUGACGAUGAUGAUGUUGAUGAAAAGGAUAAUAAUUAA